UAUCUACGCCAAACGACGCCUGAUGACCUGGAGAACUUGAUCGCGGAGAAUGCAGAGCGUGGCUUCCCCGGAAUGAUCGGGAGCUUGGAUUGCAUGCACUGGUGUUGGAAAAACUGCCCAACAGCUUGGGAAGGGGCUUUCCGGGGCAAAGAAAAGACGUCCACCGUCAUUAUGGAGGCUGUCGCGUCCAAGUCGCUGUGGAUCUGGUAUGCGUUCUUCGGAAUGAAGGGGGCUAACAAUGACCUAAAUGUGCAGUUUACGGUGAACGGAGGAAUGUACGGCCAGGGAUACUACCUGACAGACGGCAUUUACCCAGCCUGGGUAAUCUUUCAAUCGAGUAUAAGUGCUCCACACGGCAACAAACGCAAACGCUACGCGGUCGAGCAGGAAGCGGUUCGUAAAGACGUAGAGCGUACGUUUGGCCUGUGGAAAGUGGACGCAAUGAACAACGUGGUGCUGGCCUGCAUCAUACUCCACAACAUGAUUGUUGUGGACAAGCUGCCAUUCAGCUCGCUGAGUCACGACUAUCUUUUGGACGACAACUGGGUGAGCCCUGCCAGACCUGCCGCAGCGCCGAGAGCCCC